AUGGAUCUGGAAACUGAAAACCGUAUAGCUUCGAUUCUUUUGAGAGAAGCAGCAGAAUUGAGGAGACAAGCUGAAAAAGAAGGAAUUCGAGCAUAUCUUGAGAAGCCUAAUGUAAGGCAUCGACCUAACUCAAGAUUUCUCACGGCUACUGUUCUUGGUGUUCAGCAAGCCAACAAAGCUGUAGAAACCAAUGAGAUGUGGAGGCUUCGGAGUGAAGAGAUUGAGCUUGAUGAGAGGCUCAAAAGAAAAUCAAGAGAAGAGAGUAGCAGCGGCCAAAGUGAGCAGAACAAUAGGAGGAGUUUUGUUAAGAGAUGCAUUUCAGUUGAUGAGAAUGUUACUACUCGUUCAUCAUCAUCAAGCGGGAGCAGAAACAAAAGAUGGCAAUCUGAAGAUGAUGAUGAAGUCUUAGGAGAUGUCGAGAUUGAGACUUUUCUCCAAUCAAGGGUCAAGCGUGGCAGAGGCUCUAUUGGUCCUAGGAUGGAUGAAACAUCUCCGUGUCUUCCUGUGAAGGAACUGUCAAGAACUUCUGAUACAGGAGAUGGCAAGUUAGUGCUUCAGGCAGAGAGAUGGCCUUUAUCGAGACAUGAGACGGAUUCUUCUUCAGAGGAAGAGGUCCAGGAGCGUGCUCGUAGAACUAGAAAGGAGCAUAAGCAGAAACUUAGUAAGAAGCACAAGUCAAAAGAGAAGAAAAGAGAUAGGAGGAGAAGGGAAGAGAAGAAGAGAAGACGUGGUAGGGACUAG